GAUGCCUAUAACAUUCUCCCAGGCGUGACAUACUCUAUUUAUUUUUUCAUGUCCACUUGGAAUCCCUCUUGACCACUGAAAUUGUCAAAUUUCAAGCUAUGACAGAUCAGGAUAAUUCCUACCGACCUCGAUCUCCCGAUUUUUCCACCUUUCAAUCCCCCAUUCCCCCCUCUAUCCCCCAGCCCAUAUACUCUUUAGCGAACCCAUUGGCUCAUCACCGCGCAUCCUACAACGUCUCUCCCUAUUUCACCCCGCAGUACCACCACCCUGUUCCUCCACCCCCACCCCGUCGAGCCUCUCAACAGUAUAUCCCUCCUUUCGCAGACCCGAUUGUAGAUCCCGACAUGGCUCGUCGGUCGUCUCGGAUCGCGCGCGCUGCCGAGGUUGUGCCCAUACCGGAAACUAAGUACGUGGAACCAACAUACGUGGAACCAACAUACGUGGAACCAACAUAUGUCGAACCAUCAUAUGUCGAACCACCAUAUGUCGAACCAACACCGGUGCUGCCGGAAGAGCCUCCCCAGUCAAACCCCACGGCGGGCGUGGAAGUGAAGACAAAAUUCCCUGUCGCGCGCAUUAAGCGCAUUAUGCAAGCCGAUGAAGAUGUCGGUAAGGUAGCGCAGGUGACUCCAAUCGCUGUCUCCAAAGCUCUAGAACUCUUUAUGAUCUCUCUUGUCACCAAGGCUGCAAAGGAAGCCAAAGACCGGAAUUCGAAACGCGUCACCGCAUCGCAUCUGAAGCAAGCGGUCGCGAAAGAUGAAGUAUUAGAUUUUCUGGCCGACAUCAUUGCCAAGGUGCCCGAUCAACCGGCAGGAAGAAAGCACGAUGAUGAUGGAAGUGAUCAAAACGAACAACCGAAACGUAAGCGCGGAGGUCGACGACCGAAAGACGACAGCGACUAGCUAUGGAUAAUGGGUGUCGGCGUUACCUCACUUUUUUUCCUUUCCUUUUUCUUCGCGCUUUAUGCUUCCUAACCUCAUUUUUACUUUUCUUUGUUUAAACGACUUUGAUGGGCGAUAUUUUAGACU